UGGAAACCGAAGCUUUUGUAAUCAAUAAUGCACCGCAGCUGCCGAAGGUAUAAAAAUGCAGGAAGAAAAUCGAAUCCCGCAAAUUUCGAAAUAACGCCGUACGGUAUUGAAAUUUUAUUUCGAAAUAUGUCUCCGAAUACGAAGGGCGCGUCAUCCCGACAGUUGCAGCUGGCAGGAUAACGAAGCUCUAUUAAAUGCGGUUACGGUUUCAG